UGUGGGGGUCUGAAACCCGGCAGCCGCCGCCGGGAGAACUCCGUAGAUCGGCGGGAGGGCGGCAGGAUGUUACGGCUGCGCUGCAAGGCCAGGAGCGGCUCUUACCCGCUGCUCGGGCUCACGGCACAUUCGUGCUUGCGCGAGCUCCAGGCAGCGCUCGCCGCUCUCACCGGGGUACCCGUUCAGGCCCAGAAGCUGCUGCUUGGAUUCCCCCCGCGUGGCCUCGACCUCAGCGACGGGGAGCGGCGCCUCGGAGAGCUUGGCAUUCAUUCGGGUGAUACUCUAAUAGUUGAAGAAGAUGCAAGCAACCUCAGGACUGAAUCUUCCAUAGUUACAAAACGGACUGCUCAUAAUUCAGUCAGGGACACUCUUCCCAUGCUUGCCCGGAGAGUUGUUCCUGCAGAUAAUUCAUGCCUCUUCACCAGCAUAUACUAUGUGGUAGAAGGUGGUGUUUAUGACCCAGCAUGUGCCCCAGAGAUGAGACAUCUUAUAGCCCAGAUUGUAGCAAGUGAUCCAGAAUCCUAUAGUGAGGCAAUACUAGGAAAGACUAAUCAAGAAUACUGUGAUUGGAUCAGAAGAGACGAUACAUGGGGAGGUGCAAUUGAGGUUUCGAUUUUGUCUAAGUUCUAUCAAUGUGAAAUUUGUGUAGUGGACACUCAGACAGUCAGAAUUGAUCGCUUUGGGGAAGAUGCUGGCUAUGCUAAACGGGUUCUUCUAAUUUAUGAUGGUAUUCACUAUGAUCCACUUGAGCGCAGAAUCCCCAACUCAGACAUUCCUCCCCAGACAAUUUUUUCUGCAUCGGAUGAUAUUGUCCUUGCUCAGGCUUUGGAGUUAGCAGAUGAAGCCAGAAGAAAGAGGCAGUUCACUGAUGUAAACCGGUUUACACUGAGAUGUAUGGUAUGUCAGAAAGGAUUAACAGGGCAAGUGGAAGCCAGAGAACAUGCCAAGGAGACGGGACAUACCAACUUUGGAGAGGUGUGAAAUUUUUUGUGAAGGUGGUUUUACCUACUACCUCACUGAACGUGAACAAGCAUCCAGGUUUUACAUAAGCUGUAUUUAAUCAAGAAUUCAUUUAAAGCUUGAAGGCACUAUUAAGAUAAUUAUGAAUGAUGCUCACAGGUUUGCUGUGAUUAAUGAGUUUACAAGUGCGUAUAGAGUGGUGUCACAUCCUUCCAACUGAUCAGUGUUCUUUUUUAUGACUAAGAACUAGACUGCUAUUAACUGCUGCAUCAGUUCUUGGUAACUGACAGGUGCAAGAAUUUGUGACGUAUCUUGGUUAACACAAACACUACUGUGGCUGGACUUGUGUAUAGAAUCACUGAUGGAAUAAAGUUCUCAGCUCAUCUACUGGUGUCUUGAUCUACCGCAUAGUUAUGGUGGUCUCUGUUCAUAUCUGACAAGAUUAUUUGCCUCUGCUGUAUUUAUGCAAAGAGUUGUGUGUGGUUGUAUAUCUAAAAACAGAUUAGCUCAACAAUUACUGCCUCUUCAUGUCAUCCCAAAAUGUGUCUGCUUUAUGUCACUGAAUAAGAGUAUGCCAUAGAAAAUAAUGGUCAGGUGAUAAAAGGCCUUAACUGGAAGGCCUUGUUUUCAGCAUUCUUAAGGACUGGAAUGUGAAUACAAUUUCAUGGAUAUUUAAUACAUUGGCAGUGGAUGCAGUGAAGCUUUUGGGCAUUAAUGGCAUGUUUUUAAAGGUUACCGAAAUUGUAACAUAUUCCGGCAACAUAAAGUCAAAUAUUUUUAGAUGGCCUGUAUAUGAAAUUCAUUGUAUAAAGUGUUUUGCUUGCCAGAUGUGCUGAACAGAGGGAAGAAUUCCAGUUAACGUUCAUCCACUUGAUAGAUUUAUUAAAUUUUUACCCCGCCCUCCCAGCCAAGGACAGCUUACAUAAGUCACCUAACAUUUUUACAAUACACAUAAAAUAGGUUAACAAUUCUAAAACCAGAAAUAUAAUAAAGUGCUAGUAUCAAUAAUCUUCUCAGUAAGCGUGGGCAUACCAGACCGUAGCUACUACUAGCUAAUUGUGCAUGGAAUGAGUGCAGUUCCAAAAAGAUGGUUCUCAGAUGUGAACUGCUUUUGGGGGGCUGGGUGGUAGUAGAGAGAGUUGGUCUUAUUUUUUUACGCUUUGUUGCCAAAUAGGGUUGGUUCAGCUAUCUGGAAGUUACAGGCUAGCAUCAUGACUUGCCUGCUUUAUAUUUCAAAACACUAUUUGUAACCUGUCAGCUGGUAGUGCUACAUUGUUCUUUCAUU